UCUCCUUCUCCCUUGUUUGUCCGUAGAUCAUCCAGUGGUCCAUUUGUGUUUUAAAGUCUUUCCACGAUGCACUAGUUUACAGACUAGCUUAUAGGCUUAAAAGCUAUAAUCUGUGAGAGAUUGGUCAUUUGGUCUUACUGGCUUUAUGAUAGCGAGCUCCAUAUACUUAAAUUGUAAAUUUCCUGCAGUGCUUUGUACAUUGAUCGACGACUACUUUCAGACCCCUAUAUAUAUGCGCUUUCAGACAGAUUUUUACUGACUAAGGAAAAGGCUAGGAGAGUAUUACUUGCUGCUUUAGCACCAUUUCAUAUCGAUCUGUGCCCACGCCGGUAUGUUUAUACAGUGUGUUCAAUUUUCAAUCUAAAACCAUGUCUAUCUCACAAGAACAACAUGUACCACCUGCUGGGAUCCAAUUAACCACCACCAUCGAUAUUUCGGCAGAUUUACCUAGACCUAAGACACCUUCACUUCAUCUACUAGAACACAAAAAUAGAGAGCUAUACCUUAAGAUAUGUGUGCCUCUCUAUAAGUAUGCACUAAAAGGUGACUGGGAAGCUGCUGAACAAAUCUUGGAAAAGGAUUGGACACUUUUGAGUGCUAGCAUAUCAAGGGGAUGGGACACUGUCCUUCAUAUUGCAGCAGGAGCAAGACAUAUUCACUUUGUGGAGAAACUGGUAGAAAUUAUGGACAAAGAACACUUGGCACUCCAAGACAUAAAUGGAAACACUGCACUAUGCAUUGCUGCCGCGGCAGGAUCUGUAGAGAUUGUCCAAAUUUUGAUAAAUCAUAAUGAUUCUUUGCUGACAGUUCGAGGAGGUCAAAAAAUGGCACCACCGUAUAUGGCUGCUGUGUUAGGACAGUCACAAAUGGCAUGGUACCUAUACCCUAAAAGUAAAAAGAUGUUGGAGAAAACCGACCUCGAAAAUUUGUUCUUUUCGUGCAUCAACAAUGGUUUGUAUGAUUUAGCCUUACAGUUGCUGGAUACUGAUACAACAUUAGCCAAGGCACGUACUGAUAGGCCGAAAAAUAAAACAGCCUUGCAUAUCUUGGCUCGAAGGCCUUCAGUAUUUGGAACCCAUAGUCCAGGAAUGUGGGGUAGACUCAUUAAAUCAUCCCUCCCAGGUUUUAAGUUUGCAUUGAAAAGAAAUUUAAAUCAUGUUGAUGAAGCACUUCAGCUAGUCCAACGCCUUUGGGAAGAAAUUUUGAAAGAUGAGCAUGAUGAUGUGAUGAGGUUGAUCAAAUAUCCCUCAAAUUUAUUAUUUGAUGCAACAGAAUUAGGGAAUUAUGAGUUCCUAGCAGCGCUUAUAAACUCAUAUCCUGAGUUAGUAUGGGAAACUGAUAAAAAAAAUCGAACCAUAAUCCAUGUCGCAGUUCUACAUCGUCAUGCAAGUAUUUUCAAUCUAGUGCAUGAGAUAGGGUCAAUCAAGGAUGUCAUAGUGACUUAUGAGGAUGAUCAGGGUAAUAAUAUAGUGCAUAUGGCUGCAAAAGCAGCACCUCAAAACCAACUGAAUCUAGUGUCGGGUGUAGCUCUUCAAAUGCAGCGAGAAUUAGUAUGGUUUGAGGAAGUAAAGAAGAUUGUGCAACCUCAAUAUAUAGAGAUGGAAAACAAGAAAGGAAAAACACCUCAAGAAAUAUUUACUAAAGAGCAUAAGACGUUAAUGCAUCAAGGAGAAAAAUGGAUGAAGGACACUGCAACUUCAUGCUUGCUUGUUGCGACUAUUAUUGCAACUGUUGUGUUUUCAGCUGCUUUUAGUAUACCAGGUGGAACAGAUGAUCAUACUGGAAAGCCAAACUUUUUAAAAGAAAAAGCGUUUUUAUACUUUACCAUAGCCGACGGAGUGGCACUUUUUUCCUCUUCAACUGCAAUGCUGAUGUUCUUGUUCAUCCUUACCUCACGGUAUGCAGAAAAUGAUUUCCUCAUGUCCUUGCCCUUGAAGUUGAUGGUUGGACUCACUUGCCUCUUCAUCUCCAUAGCAUCUAUGAUGAUGGCUUUUAGCACUGCCUUCUAUUUGUCUUGUCAAUAUGGAUCAAGAUGGGUUCCAGAUCUUACAUUUUCUUUUGCAAUUGUCCCUGUUGCUUUAUAUGCAUUUCUGCAAUACCCUCUUGUGUCUGAUAUGUCGUCUUCAACAUUUUGUUCAAGUCUUUUAUUUCAGCCAUGGAAAGGUAUAAUAUAUUAGAAAGUUGCGUUGUAAUGUUGUACAUAUUCUCCCUAGUUAAGCCAUUGGUCUAGCUACAAUACUAAAGUUAUAUAUUCUAGCUAGAAUAAAGUUGUAAUUAUAGAUUGAUUAUCUAUGUUGUUCAUAUAUAUGGGACAAAAGGAUGAACAUGGUAUCAGUUUUACUUUA